CCCCACCAUCCAUCCCACUUCACCAAACCCCGUCAACCAACAACUCUCACCAACUCCCUACCAAGUCCUCAGCCCAAUCCCAAAUCUCUCCCCAGAAUUCACAACAAUGGCCGAAUCUCUCUCCACCCCCCGCAUAAACUCUACCUACCUCGACUCCUUCACCAACCGGACUGUCCGCAUAACGGGGAAGGUUAUCCAGCUGCGCGGUGAAGAGGCAACACUCGAUUCCAACGGACACAUUACCGCGCAUUUGAACCGAGAUGCGCAUCUCACGGUCGGCAAUGCCGUCGAGAUUGUUGGGAAGGUGAACCAAGACCUGUCUAUCAAGGUCCUGCAAGCCACGGAUAUGGGCGCCGAUUUCAACUAUGCAGCGGAAGCCGCCGUCGUAGAUGCAACACACCGGUACAAGGAUAUCUUCUAUGCAGAGUCGUGACUCUAUUUCGAGAGCGUAUUUGCCGGGUUAAGUGUACAAGGAGAGAAAAAGGAAGUAAGGAUGGAUGAGGGCGGGCGGUGGAGGGUGGUUAUGGGGAAGUAGUAGUAGAGAUGUGAGAAGUCUAGGGGAUUGACGAGAACAAAUAUGACAUGAGAUGAGGGGCUGGGCUGGUCGAUAAGAUGCGCCUACUCACUACGAUACAAUUACAAAUACCAACUAAAAUAAAAUAUGUGCAUAUUCCCUAG